AUGUAUCUAGAAGAAAAAAAAAAAAGUUAUAAUAAUAUUUUGUUAAAUUUGUGCUUAACAAAGGAUGAUAAAAUCGAAUCUGUCUUAUAUAAGCUAAUUCCCUCAUUAUUAGAUGAAAUUUUAACAAGUGAAAUAUGUUUGCGAAAAACAUUAGUGGAAAUAACUAGUAAUUGUAUAUUAAGAUGUAAAUCCUUUGAGAAUAUUAAAAUCCCAUUAUUGAAAAUAAUUGAAAAUUAUUUUAAAAAUAUUAAUAAAGAGUCAAGUAGUAGAAUAUUAUAUAAUAGUACAUUAUCUAUAUUUUUAGAUAUAGGGUUUAAAAAUGCAAAUGAUGAUGAUAAAAUAAAAUUUCAACAAAUGAUAAUUGAAAAGAUGGAUAGUUUAACUAUAAAUAUAGAAAUGCGUAUAUUUUUGAUUUUAAAAUUUAUUGAAUGUUUGGAAAUUUUAAAUAAUAAUAAUAAUAAAGAAAUAAUGAAUAAAUACAUUUCAUUAUAUUCUAAAAGUGAAGAUGAUAAAAUUAUUAAUUUUGUAAAAUUUAUUAAUGAAUUUUUACUAAUACCAAUAUAUUGUAAAAAUUUUAAUGAAAUAAAAUUUCUUAAUGAGGAUAUAAUAAAAAUUUACAAAGAAAAAUUUUUUAACUGUAAAAAUUACUCUGUAAAGAAUCAUAUAAAAAUGAAAAAAAAUGUAUUAUAUUUUUUGAGUAAUUUUAUAAAAAAUGAUAAUUUAGCUUUUUCUUCCUAUAUUAUUUGUUCAAUUGAAAAAUUUGAUGAAAUAAAAGACUUUGCAAAUUCAUUAAUUCAAAGUAAAAAAAGAUUUAUAGAUUUUAAUAAUAUAUCUUUUGUAGAUCUAAAUUUUGAGAUAAUUAAAUAUUUUGAUAAUAACAUUUACACUUUUAAUUAUAUCAUAAACAUAUUAAGUUUAUUUCAGAAUAGUUCUAUUUUAGCUAAUGACAGGAAAUAUUUACAUUUAAUUUUAAGUUAUAUUUUUUUUUUUUUUUUUUUUUUUUACGAAGAUAUGGAUAGUAUUGAUUUUAUAAAAGAGUUUACUAAAUUUAAUACAUUGUUUAAUGAAGAAACAAAAUUUACUAAAUAUUUAAGUGAAAAUAGGUAUUCUAUUAAAUUAAAAAAUCAAGAUAUGUUAAAAUGCCUAUUCAAUUUAACAUUAUUUUUAUUAAAUAAUACAAAAUAUAUUUAUAUACAAAAUUAUAAUAAUUAUAUUUUUCAUUUAAUAUUUUGUUAUUUAAAGGAAAAAUACGAAGAUAAUAAUAAUUAUAAUUCCUUUAUAAAUGUUUCAACCUUAAUAGAAAAAUUUUUUGAAUUAAAUAUUAAUGAAGACAAAAUAAAUACAGUUGUUCUAAAUAAAUCUUUUAUACUUACAUAUAUAUUUUUUGAUAAAUUAAAAAGAUACAAAAAAAAUAAUAAUGAUUCUUAUAUAAUAUAUAAUAAUAUAAUAAAAGUUUUAUCAUCUUUAGAAAAAUAUUAUAAAAAUAUUAUAAAUAUGAAAAGUAUUGAAAAUGAAACCUACUUAAUAUAUGACAAAAUAAAUAUUACUGAUAGUAAUAUUGAAAAUUUAUCAUUUAAUACAUAUGAAAAUAGUAUAGAACAGUUAAAUAAAUAUGAAAAAUGUACAAAUGUAAAAAAAAUAAUAGUUCAAAACAUUGUUAAUAUAUUAGAUAAAUAUGUCAUUUUUUCUGAUAACACUUUACUAAUUAGUUCAAUUUUGAAAUGGUCUGUUAACAUUUUUUGUCAAACGAGUUGUGAAUUUAAGUAUUAUUCUUUAUUGUAUGAGAAUAGUAAUGAUAUUAUUUUAUCGGAUAUUGCAAAAGAUUACUUAAAUUUACAUAAGGAUAGCAAGUUAUCGUUUGAUGAUUAUAUUUUUUUUAUAUCAGAAAAAUUGUUUAAUAUAAAAAAUAUACAUGAAAUAUAUUUUUUUAUAAGUAAUAUAAAUAUUGAUAAAAAAAAAAGUAAAGAUUGUGUUUUUUACGAAAAUGAAAAGAAAGUUAUAGAAAACAACAUAAAUUAUACCACAAUUUGUAAUGAUUUAUUUUCAAUAAAUAAUAUAGAAUCUAUGAUAGAAUAUUCAAACAUAAAUUACCAAAAUUUUAAUAUACAACAUUUAUUCAAUUUAAUUAAAUAUAUAGAUAAUGUAAAUUUUACAUAUUUUUCUUAUACAGAAAGCAUUAAUUAUACAUUUCUAAUCAUGGAUAUCUUUUUAUUGCAUUCAAUAAACCUUGAGAAUAAUUCAAAAAUUGACAAUUUUAUACUAUAUUGUAAUAUUUUUUUAUUAAUUUUAAAAAAUUUUUCAAAUUUUUUUAGUAAUUUAGAAAAAUUAGAAAAUUUAAAGGAUUGUAAAGAUAAUGUUUUAAAAAAUAAUGAAAGAAUAUAUAGUAAUAUACACAUUUUAAUAGAACGUAGAUUGCAUUUAAUUUUAAAUAAUCUUCUAUACACUGAAAAUAGUAAAUUAAUAAAAAUAACUAGUAAAUUAUUAACAAAAAUAUAUAUACUAACGAAAGAAAAUAAUUGUAUGUUAUUAGAUAAUCUUGUUAAUUUUUUAAUUUCGAAAAACUUUGAAAAUAUAGAUAAAAAUAAUAAGAAAGAAGUUAUUAUGAUAUACUCUCUUAUAUUUUUUUUUGGUAAUUUGAUAAAAAAAGAGAAGAUAUUUCAUCAAAAAUAUUAUAGUAUUUUAGAAAAAAUUACGAACUAUUUUCUUUAUAUAUAUUUCAACUAUAUAACAGAAAACAAAGAUUUUGAAAAUAUAAUUUUUAAAUAUUCUAUUAAUUUCUUUUAUUUAACAUUUUUUUCUAAAAAUCUUUUACAUAAUUGGAAAAAUAUAAUAAGAGAAAAUAGUUAUGCAAAAUUGCAACAUUCAAGUGAUGAUUAUGUGUUUGUUCAUCGUUAUAUAACUCGAAUAUUUAUGAAAAUAUUACAAUAUGCAAAGGAAAAUAUUAAUAAAAAUUUAUCAUUGAUAAAAAAAAUAUUAAAAUUUUUAAGUUGCCUACCAACUCUAAAAGAUAAUUACAUUAAUUCACUACUUAAAGAAGAUAUAAUAAAUACUUUACAUUUAGAUGAAUUUAAAAUUCAAAAAAUAUAUGCUCAUUACAUAUCUCACAUAUUUUUAAAGUUAGAUAGAAUAAAUUCAAAUGAGCUAUCCUACGAAUUUUUAAAAAAUAUUUUUGAUAAUUCUAAAUAUUUAUCAAAAUCUGUUCAUACAGAAAAAAAUAAUAAAUUUUUAUGUAUAAUUAUGUUUUACAUAAUUUAUUAUAACCCAUUUUUAGAAUUUAUAAAAGAAAAUGUUGCUAUUAUUAGGGAAUUAUUUAUAUCUAACAUUAAAAUAAAAAGUGAUAUAUAUUCUCAAUAUAGUUUUUUAGGUUUAAGUUAUUUGUUCUUUUCUCUUUCUAUUCAAUAUAAUAUGAAUAUUAAUGACAUAUAUUUACUAGAAGAAAAUUUUAAAAUGUUAAAAAAAGAGCAAUGUAACAAUCAUAAUGAACACAUAACUAAAGUGAAUUUUAUUUUCAACAAUAAGAAUACUAAUAUAAAUUGUUUAAAUGAAAUAAAAUAUGAAAAUAUAAACACAGUUGAUUGUCCUGAAUGUAAAAUAAAUGAAGAGAAUAAUUUUCAUAAAAAGAAAAAAAUAACAAAUAUAGAUUGCACACUUUUUAAGAAAGGAGGAUCAUAUUUUAAUAAUUCAUCUAUUUUUUAUAGAGAAAAUUAUGACGACUCUAAGGAAACAUAUGAAAAAUUAGAUAAAAAUGUAUAUAAUAAUAUGUAUAUAAAAAAGGUAGAUAAAAGUACAAUAGAUAAAUAUGUAGAGACAUUAUAUAAAUUUUUUGAUAAUACUGAUGAUAAUUCAUUAUAUAAGAUUAUUUUUAGAAAAAAAGAGAGGGAAGUAGAUGGAAAUUUUAUAAAUGAAAUAAAAAAAUUUGAAAGUAAAAAAGAUUAUGUUUUAAAAAAUAUAUAUGAAAAUUUUAAUAAUGAAAGAAAUUAUGAUUUAAUUAAUCACUACAUUUGUUUAAGUAGAUAUUGUUUUAACUAUAUAUAUGUAUUUUUAUUUAUGCAAUAUUCUGAUUUAAUGAUAUUUAAUUACGAUAAGAAAAUAAAAGAUUUCUUUUUUUUUCCUGAUUUUGCUUAUGAUAAAAGAUAUGAGAUUUCUCAUUUAUUAUGUAAAAUUAAGAAUAAUUUGGAUAAUUUUGAUAAAAAAGAGAUAAAUUUUAAUCGUUUACCUUUUUUUCGUGAUGACAUUGAUAAUGUAGUUGAUUUUGAAAAAGUAAAUAAGAGAUUAUGUAUUAUUAUAAAAUAUAUUUAUAAAAAAUUAUUAAUAAAUGAGAUAAAAGCACGUAAUGAAAUAAUUAAAUUUAAAAUAUUUCAGUUUAUAUCAAUAAAAGAUAUAAGUAGAACUAUGAUUAAAAUUGAAAAGGAUUUCCUUAAAAUGAAUUGUGAAUUUACUGAAUCUCUCUGUGCAAUUAAUUCACUUAAUAUAGAAUUAACGAAUUUUUUUUUAACUAAUAAUGAAAUAAUUAAUGAAGCUAUAUUAAGAUUCUUGAUAGAAUUCCUCAAUAAAAUGAAUUUAAAUAUAUUUGUUCAAGAAAUUUUUUAUUAUUUGUUUUUCAUAUGUACUAUAAUAGAUUCAUAUAUUAUGGAUAUCAAAUUAUGCAUAACAUUCCUAAAUAUUUUUAAAGGUUAUUGUAUUAAAUUUUCAAAUAUUUUUGAUCAAUUGAGUUUAGAAGAUAGAAUUAAGACUAACAUUUUUUUGUAUUAUAAGGGAAACAAAGAUAUGUAUGGAGGUUUUUAUAGAAAUAUAAAUAUAAGAAAUUAUAACGACAUAAAUAAUGAGAAUUUUGAUGAUAUAAAUAAGGAAAAUGUUAAUGAUAUAGGUAAUAUAAAUAUAAUUAUAUUUAGAAUACUACAGUAUCAUAAUAAAAAAAUAGGUAACAAAAAAUUGGAGUUAUAUUUUAUAGAUUGUUUAAAUGCUUGUAUAAUUUCAUCUGUUACUAUUAAUUUUAAUUUACAAAUUUUAUUAGAAUUUUAUAUAAUAAAUAGCGAAAGACUUGAAAAUGGUUAUAAUGAAUUCGUAAUAAAUAAUAAUAAAAAUGAAAAUAAGACAUAUAAAGAAAAGGAAAUUUUUUUCGGGAAAUUGGUUAAAUAUAAUAAUUCAGAUAAACAAAAAGAGAUUUUAGAAAAAAUAGUUAGUAACUAUAAUUGUGCUUUAACUAUUGAGGAAACCGUAAAAUAUAUUUUACUUUUAUUAAAUCAAUGCAAUGAUAAAUUUGUUUUAAGUAACAUUUCUUUUACAAUUAUUAAGCUGUUAGUUAAAUACGAAAAAUUAUCAGAUAAUGCAUUUUUAUUUAUUAAUUUAUGCAUAUUUGUAUUUGAUUCUAUUUCCGAUUUUAUCACAAGGAAUUUACCCAAGAAUUAUUUAUCUUAUAUAAAUGAUUUACUUUAUUAUUUAGUAGAUAAUAUCCCAUUUUAUCAUUAUAUAAAAUUUGUGAACUCAAAUUUAUUAAAUGAUUAUUCUGAAUUUGAUUUGAAUUUUAGAGAUAUUCAAAAUAUUAGAAAUUAUUCUAGUAUAAUUAUUUUAUAUCUAUUAAAAAAAAAUUUACUUUUUGAUUUAGAUGAUCAACAAAUUUUCAGAGAUGAAAAAAAAGUAGGUAAUAUUAGAGUAUUUGAAGAAAUGAAAAUUAUUAAUAGUGUAAAUAAUAAUAUAAGGAAACUCCUAAAAAGAAAUGACUUGAAAACAAUAAUACAGAAAGAAAGAACUUAUUUAGAAAAUAUUUAUAAAGAUAUAUCUAAUGAUAAUUUAGAUAAUGAAAACCUUUUAAAAUUGGUUGAUAAAAUAAAAAAUAAUAUAGAGAUAAUAGGUAAAAAUAUUAUUUCUUAUAUUAAUGAAAAUAAGAAUUUGAUAGUAGAUGAAUGUGUUGAAAAUAUGAUAAAAAAUGAAAUAGAAGGAAUAUUAAAUUUAUUCAAAAAUGAAUCUGUAACAAAUACGCCACUCAUAUGCAUUGUAACAAAUUUAAUAAGUAAAGAAAUUAUUAGUACAUUAAAAAAUGAAUUUAAUAAAAAAAAUUUAUUUGAUGAAGAAAAUAAGAAGUUAUUAAAAAAAAUAGAAUCAAAAUUGAUUUCAAGAAGCUUUAUUAUUAUGAAUAUUAAAAAUUGUGAAAAUAAUUAUAAAAAUAUUUAUGAAAUUAUGCAAAAGAGGAAUAUGUUUCAUUUCUAUAAAUUUUUUAAUGAAUAUAUUGAAGAAUUCUACAUUUUUAUUGAAUCUAAACUUCUGAAAGAUAAAAAAGCUUGCCUGAUAUCAAUAGAUAAUUUCAUUGAAUCAUUUAUUGAUACUUACAAAUGUGAUGAUUUUGAUGAAUUAGAUUCUGAAAAUAUACACAAUUUUUUAAAUUUAUUUUUGAGAUUAAAAAAUUUAUUGAAGGAAUGUUCAAGUAAUGAAAUUAAUUAUUUUAUAAUUUUUCCCAUUUUAAAAUCUAUUAAUUUUAUCUUAUUAAUAAUAUUUAGGAGAAAACAAAAAGAUUUAUUAAAUGUAAAAAAUUAUAUUAAUAUAUUAGAGAAAGGGAUAAAUAUUGAUAUUAGUGAAAUCUACGAUAUUUUUGAUGAUAUUCUAGAUGUUUUUAUUAAAGUUGAAGAUUAUGAAUUAUUUCAACAUAUGUAUAUUUUUCUUUUUAAUAUUCCUGUAAUUUUUAUUAGAAACUUUAAUUUUGUAAAAUUAUUUAAAUGUAUUAUUUUUUUUAUGAAUAAAUAUUUUAAAAAUAGUUAUGAAAUGGUUAGUUACGAUAAUAAUUUUUAUCUCUACUUUUCUAAAUUAAGUAUUUGUGUAUUCUCUUAUUUUUUGAAUAAAAAUAAUUUAAAUACAUGGUUAAAUUUUUAUAAUUUUCAACUUUUAAAUAAGUUUAUAAAAAAAGAUAAUUUGUAUAAUUAUGCUUUUGAUAUAGAUAAAAUUAGUAAUGAAGAAGAUAUUUUUAAGCAUUUUUAUUUAAAUGAAAGUAUACUUUUUAAUCAUACAUUAAACUUAGAUACUGAAAAAAGUACAUAUUUCAACAUUUGUUCAUCUGAAGAGAUAUCUACGAAUAAAAACAAUAAUAAAGAAGCAAGUAUACAUGAUGAUAAUAAAAAUUUAAGUAAUCAUGAAUCAAAUGAAGUUUUAGAAAUUAAUAAAAAUUUGUAUGUAAAUAUUAAAGAAGAGUUUUUUGUUAAUUUAAGAAAACUAUUACACAUUUUAUUUGAGAAUAGUAAAGAUAAUUAUAAUAUUUUAAGUUUAAUAAAAAUAUUUUUCGAAUUAAUGUUUUACAAUAAAAUAUAUUUUUUUGAAAUAGGUGAUGCAAAGAUAUGGGAAAAGAUUUAUAAUUAUAUUUAUUCAUUAAUUAUAAAAAAUAAGAGUAAAAAAGUUUUUGAACAAUUAAUGCAUAUCUUAAAUAUAUUAUUGUGCAUGUAUAAUUCAUAUAGCUAUAAAAAUGAACAAGAUAGAAAAAUUUACUUAGAUAUUAAAAUUAACGAAUUUUAUAGUAAUUAUAAUGAAUCUAAGGAUAAUGGUAAAAACUCUUUUAAUUUUGUAUUUAUUGUGUUUUUUAAAAUUAGAGAAAAAUCUAAAGAACUAAUAUUUCCCAAUCAUAUUAUUCAAAAUUUAAAAUAUUCAAUUAGGCUCAAUUUUCCUCAUCUUUUUUUAUAA